AUGAAUAUUUUUGCUCAAUUUUGUGCAACCAUGGGAGCUGAGACUAAAUUUGAGAAAGCCAGAAUCGCUGCUACUUACACCAAUGCGAAUCCCCCAAGAGAAGAGGAUAUUAGAUAGAUUCUAGCUACACUUUCAGGAGAAGACUUACAAACAAAUGCUUAGACAGCGUAUGGUUCCUUAGUGAGAAAGUUGAAAUUAUAAAACAACGAUGAGAAUGGUUGGAUGAUGAUCAUAAAAUCUUUGAUAAUCAUAGAUAGGUAUUGGGUCAAAAAAAUUGAGGUGCAAUUUCAGGAGUUAGAUUUGCCUUUGGUGGAAUGUCGAUAAGAGAGGGACAUCAAAAAUAAGUAAUUACUAAUUAACGAAUUAAUAUCCAAAUAUUAUCAUUACAUCAAAUUCAAGGCACUCAAACUCAGAAACUCUACCUCACUCACUCUAUAUAAGAAAGAGAAGAUCUUGUACUUUAAUAAAAUGCCACUCAAAUCAAUCUUUGACGAAUUGAAAAUGAUUCUGGAAUUGGUCCAAAAAGCAUUUGAUGUUAUUGAAACCAAAAAAAAUGGCCAUCUACGUUUCAAAGUGAAUCAAUACGUUUUCUUGUUACUCAUGAAUGACCUAUUGAAAUAUUAUGGGUGUGGAUUGAUUGCAUUCAAUUUACUCAUUAAGAAAGUUCAAGAUUUACAAUCUAAUGAUCUUCUUCAAAUAAUUGCAAUAUCCAAAUCCAUGGUAAAUUUCGGCAAUAAGUUCGAGGAGUUCAUCCAUCAAUGCGGAUACAUAGAAGGCUUCGAGAAUGUCAAAUUAGAUUAUAAGGUGCCACAAUAUUAAUUAAUAGGUAAAUGA